CCCCUCAAACCCAAAGACAACGAAGUCGCAAUUAUACACUAGAGACACCGUAACAUCUACAGAAACAUUGUCGAGAAUUCAAGAUGCCUUCGGCCGUCGCUGAGCUGUGAACCCCCACUGCGGGACGUGCCCGAUUUCUCCAGGCAUGUUCCGCAGUCCAGCAGCCUCAACGAGUAGUUCAACUCUGCCAAUUCCUCUCGACAAAGUUACCCACGGCUUUCGUGUCCUUGGGCCCUCGACUUCCACUUGAAACAGGGGAAUAGUCGAGACAAGCCAGCAACAAGAUUUCCCGCGCGUGGAAGCCUCCUGCUGUGAAGAAAACAAAUCUAGAAAACCUGACUUGAAAUCCAAGAUUGGAUCACUCGCGCCCAACGACUUUGUAUCAGAAUACUAUCACAACCAGGUUCACCAACCGAGACCCUCAAUACUCGGCAAAUAUUGACCAUAUUUGGCACUCUGCAUAGCUAGCAGAGACAUAAACCCAAAAAAAAUCACCUGGAUUCUGCAGCCUGUGGUCCCUGAUCCCAGAAGCCUGUAGCUCUAGCCCUUCACCGCCCUUUGUGGCUUGACGAGAAACCACCCCGACAUUUACCCUUACAUAUUGACCCCUGCACAUACCCCAUCAUGGCGAGCAGGACCAUAAUACGGCUCAAGCUUCCCCAGAAGAAGACUCAGGUCAAGCCACCGGUCAAGCGACGCCGGUGCUCUGACACCUCAUCGAGCUCACUUGAUCUAUCGGACGAUGGAGGCUACUCCGCCGUCGAGGAUGUCAGUGAUGACGAGGAUGACGACGAGGAGGAUGUCUACGCGGCCGAGGCAGAGCACAUAAUCAACCGUGUGACGCACCCAAAGCACACACCUAGCUCUUCUCGGCCACAGCUUGAAGACAGUGAGGACGAGGACGAGGAUGAAGAAGAUGAGGCCGACGACGAAAACGAGGAAGAGGAAGAGGAUGAAGACGACCAGGAGGACGACCUCCCAGAGUGGAAUGGCAUCGUAUCAGACCCUGAAGACGAACCUCUCGUCGAGCAACCGCCCGUAGAGCGGCAUGUCCGUUUCACGGGUGUUCCCGAUUCAGAUUCGGAUGACACGUUGUCGGAUGUUUCCGACUAUAACAAAGAGUUCUUCCCCGACAUUUUCGUUGAGCAGGCGUCGCUUGACCCUGCUUUCCGCCGACAGGUUGAGCAGGAUCCCGACGACACGUCCAGUGUCGGCUCUUUCUGGGAUUUUGAAGAUGCAAACGAUCAUAUGUUCGCCCCUCAAGGCCAUAUGGUUACAGAAGAUGCCACCGAAAGUCAGCUUGCAAGUGCGGCCUCUACGCCAGCCCGGAAUAUUGAGGAGCUAGAUGAUAGCUCGGAGUCCCUGGAUGGCUACGAGACGGAUGGUGAAACCACGGAGGAGGAUAUACCUACAGAGCCCCUCAUCCGCAAGAAACAAAUUCGUCGCAUAGAGCCCGCUGAUGGCUCGUCAGACUCAGAUACUGCAAGCCCGGCCAAGUCAGCAAAGACCGCAAAGACCGCAAAAACCUCCAUCCAACGAUUUCGUAGCAAAGCUGGCAAGCCCCGUGUCGGACAUUUCGAUUUGGACAACAACGACAGCAAGCCCGUGGGUGUCAUGGAUCCUGUUACUCGCAAGAUGAUUAUCUUCACCCCGUCCAAGACACGGCGCAUGGAGUUGUCUCAAGAGUCUCUCAACUGGCAAGAUUCUGAGAUUAACAACAUGAUUGGCAUGCAACAAUCCCCAAUCCUCAGCAACUCGGGUAGUAUGAUGUUCGGCGCCAUGUUCUCCAACAACGCAAUGGGAGACUUUAUGAACAACUUGCCCGUUGGGCCCGAGGAGGCAUUCUAUCCUCUAAACUCGGAUGCCAUGUCCUACUCAGAUGGCUCCACCGGAUCUGAGAACAUGGAUUUUGUUGGUGAUGAAGGCGAAAAGGACUUGAAAUUGGAUGAUUUCCUCAUCUUUGAUUCUAACGACACCGGGGAUGAGGCAGAGACUGCCAAUCCUUCAGAAGAUGAGAAUGAUGGCGGCGCAACACCCACACCCGCACGCCGUCAUUCUGUCGCCGCCAGCUCAGUCAGUGAUGCCACAGUCAACGGCGGCGGUGACAUCCACCCGCUGCUGGCCCACUUUGAUCGCAACUCCGAAAAGGUCGGGGCUUUCCGUCGCGACCAGGUCAAUAAGCAACUAAUCCUGAGCGACAUGGCAACUGAAGAGUCGCUGCUCUUCUCUAAUGGGUACUCGAACCCAAUCAGGGGCGUCAGAAGUGACAGUCUGAAUAACAUUACAGCCCCAUUGACACCUGUGCGGCGGCGCAAGUCGUCAGUCAGUGCAUACCAGCACAUGAUCAGCAGUCCUCUUGAUAGCGUUGCCCAGAAACGCAAGGCGUCCUCCAACCUCAACGAGGCGCACAAGAGGCAACGGAGCAUCUCAGACGUCCGGUCACUGCAGAUAUGAUCGCAUUUGGCAUCGGACCGGCAGAGUAUGCCAACUGAACAGACGUACAAGGACGGCAUGAUUGGCCGACCUUGAAACAAAGGUCGGAGCGGUCAUCCCUGGCCUUGGCCUAAUUUUCUCAACUUUGUCCUUUUUUCCAACAAAAUCUUGAUAUAUCUUUCCUUGUGUUUGAAACAAAAAAAAAAUUCAUACUUGAGUAUUUCAAUGCUGGUCUGAUUCUUUCGCAUGUGUUUUCUUUGUACUUGCUUUUUAUCGUCAAGUUUGACCACAAAGGUUUGCAGGCGUUCCUCACUAGAGAAAAGUCACCAUUUAAUGGUUUGGGAUACAACGCUUUUUUCUGGAGUGCAAAAAGGAUACCCCAUGGCUAUGCAUAGAAGGCGAAAGAUCUUGGGCUCGGCCCAUGCUCUGCCACAGUCUCUUGUGCGCAAAGGUGGUUUUGGUGCAACUAGACGUUAUAAUGAGAAAAAAGUUGUCAGUAUGGUUUGAUAUUAUUUCUGUUACCUUUUUGCUUUUGCGAAUUUGAUUCGAAUGUUUUGUAGAUCAGUCUCGUCAUGUUUCUUAUGCCAUUGAAGACUUGGAAGAUCAAGAUCCAUCUGGGAUCAAACUGGGUGAUUUCGCGUCAUUAGAUCUGUGGCGCAACCACAGUAAUAGUUAGUUAUG